UCUCUUCCAUUCCUUCUUCAUCUCCUGUAUCUUGCGUCUUCUCCUUCCUUCUGGUUUCUUCAUUUCGUUUCUUCGAUUUGCGUGUCUCUGUAGUAGGGCAGUGCGCAGAGAGAGUAGGGAAGAGAGAUCAGUGAGGAUGUUGGGAGUGUUCAGCAGCUCGAUCGUCACGGCGCCGGAUGAACUGGCGGCAGCCGGCAGCCGGACCCCUUCCCCCAAGACGACGGCCUCGCUCCUCGUGGACCGGUUCCUCAAGAACUCUGUCGACGCCGUCUCCCUCCGGCUUGGCACCGAGACCAUCCUCGCCUACUCCCACCACAAUCAGGAUCCCCUCCGCCCCAGGGUGUUCGCGUCCAAGGACGAGAUCUUCUGCCUGUUCGAGGGGGCGCUGGACAACCUGCCGAGCCUGCGCCAGCAGUACGGGCUGGCAAAGAACGUGAACGAGGCGCUGCUCCUGAUCGAGGCCUACAAGGCGCUGCGCGACCGGGCGCCGUACCCGGCCAGCCACGUCGUCGGCCACCUCUCCGGCGACUUCGCCUUCAUCGUCUACGACCACGCCACCUCCACCGUCUUCGUCGCCACGGACCAGAAAGGGAAGAUUCCCUUGUAUUGGGGGAUCACGGCCGACGGAUUCUUGGCCUUCGCCGACGACUCCGACCUCCUCAGGGGUUCUUGUGGCAAAUCCAUCGCAACCUUCCCUGAAGGUUGCUUCUUCUCAACACGAUGGGGAGACUUGAAGAGCUACGAGCACCCUAAGAACAAGGUCACAUGCAUUCCGGCAACAGAGGAGGAGAUCUGGGGCGCAACUUUCACGGUCGAGAGAGCGCCAGUAUUUGCAGCCAUGAAAUGAAAAGAUUAUGGAGUUUAGGUCAUCUGGUUCUUGUUCAUUUCCGGAAUCUGUCAAAAGUCUUUAUUAGCUGUGGUCGUCACGAAGCGGUUGUGCUGUGUCAUGUUAUGGUCCCACCUUUGUAUAUAUCUCUAGCAUAAAACUCCUCUCCCCAGCUCUCUGUGUCUUCCUCUCCAUCGUUAGUGAUCUUGUCAAUUAUUCUUGUCCUUCUGUUUCUUUUUCGCGGCUGCAGCUGUAGCCUGUAGAUGUGCCUAGAACACCCGAUGGGUUCUUGGAUGUUUCUGAAAAUAAGAAAAGAAAUAGCCCCAGCUUAUCAGAA